CGAGUAGACAACCAAAACAAGAUUAUGUGGAAGACCAUUGGUGUAGUUGUGAUCCUGGCGGCCCUGGCCAGUGGCGAGCUUCACCGCGUGCCGAUCCUCAGGGAGGAGAACUUCGUGAAGACCCGCGAAAAUGUCCUGGCCGAGAAGUCCUAUCUGCGCACCAAGUACCAGCUGCCCGCCCUUCGCAGCGGCACUGAGGAGCAGCUGUCCAACUCGAUGAACAUGGCCUACUACGGAGCCAUCUCCAUCGGAACUCCUGGCCAGAGCUUCAAGGUUCUCUUCGACUCCGGCUCCUCGAACCUGUGGGUGCCCUCCAACACCUGCCAGAGCGACGCCUGCCAGACCCACAACCAGUACGAUUCGAGCGACAGCUCCACCUACGUGGCCAACGGCGAGUCCUUCUCCAUCCAGUACGGAACUGGCAGCCUCACUGGCUUCCUGUCCACCGACACCGUCGAUGUGAGUGGCCUGAGCAUCCAGAGCCAGACCUUUGCCGAGUCCACCAACGAGCCGGGCACCAACUUCAACGACGCCAACUUCGACGGCAUCCUGGGCAUGGCCUACGAGGCUCUGGCCGUCGACGGGGUGACUCCUCCGUUCUACAACAUUGUGUCCCAGGGCCUGGUCGACAGCUCCGUCUUCUCGUUCUACCUGGCCCGCGACGGAACCUCCGCCCAGGGUGGAGAGCUGAUCCUUGGCGGCUCCGAUUCGUCCUUGUACUCCGGUGACCUGACCUACGUGCCCAUCUCGGAGCAGGGCUACUGGCAGUUCGCCAUGGCCGGAUCCUCCGUCCAGGGCUACUCCCUGUGCGACAACUGCCAGGCCAUCGCCGACACCGGAACCUCCCUGAUCGUGGCCCCCUACGAUGCGUACGUAACCCUCUCCGAGAUCCUCAAUGUCGGCGAGGAUGGCUACCUGGACUGCUCCGCCGUGAGCUCCCUGCCGGAUGUCACCUUCAACAUCGGUGGCUCGGACUUCGUCCUGACCCCCUCGGCCUACAUCAUCCAGUCCGAGGGCAGCUGCAUGUCCGCCUUCGAGUACAUGGGCACCGACUUCUGGAUCCUGGGCGACGUCUUCAUUGGCCAGUACUACACCGAGUUCGAUUUGGGCAACAACCGCAUUGGAUUCGCCCCCGUCGCCUAGGUUACGAUCUGCAAUCAGUGUUCAAUAAAGCCACGAGUAACCUGA